CGCUGCGGGGGAUGGUGGCGGAGACGGAGACGGAGGAGGAGGCGCGGGCGAGGGAGCGCGCGGCGUGCCAGAUCGCGCACGAGGACGCGACCAGGGCCUGCAACCCGGACUUCACGACGCCGUUCGCCUCCGUGGAGGAUGCCAUCAUCAGGUUGCUUCCAUACCACGUGUUCGCGGAGUACGAGGACGACGAGAUCUACGUGGAGGACGAGCCGCCGGUGAAGAACAAGUCGAGCGUGCAGGAGUGGGACGAGAGGCAGGAGGACGAGGCGACCCGCAUGGCCAAGAGGUUCGAGAAGUAUGUGCUGGGCUUCAACUUCGUCGUCCGGAAGCUCGCCGCCACCCACUCCGAGGAGCGGCUCCUGGUGAAUAACCUCCUGCUCGCCGACGAGCAGCAGCGGUCGGAGCGCGUCCGCGCCGCCGUCCGGCAGCAGCAGGUGGCGGCACUCCAGCAGCAGCAGCAGCACCGGAUGCUGAUGCAGCAGGCUGCACUGCAGAAGCAGCAGCAGGAGGCGGCGGCGGCGGCGGCACGGCAGCAGCAGCAACAGGUGGUGGAGCAGCGGCGGAAGCAGCAACAGAUGGCGGCGAAGCGGCGGAAGCAGCAACAGGUGGCGGAGCAGCAGCGGCGGAAGCAGCAACAGAUGGCGGAGCAGCAGCAGCGGCAGCAGCAGCAGCAACAGAUGGCGGAGCAGCAGCAGCAACAGAUGGCGGAGCAGCAGCGGCAGCAGCAGCAGCAACAGAUGGCGGAGCAGCAGCAGCAACAACAGAUGGUGGAGCAGCAGAGGCGGCGGCGGAGGGUGGAGCCGGAGGGGAAGAUCGUCGGCGGCGUCAGGAUACCGCCGUGGAUCGCGCAGCCCAUCGACCCCGACACGCUGCUCACGACCGCGCUGGUGCAGGGGGGCCGCGAAGGCUUCAAGACCUGCUUGAAGCACCUGCUGCAGGAGCAGAAGCGGCGGAGGGAGGAGGACUGGUGGUACUGUCGGGCUCACCGGCCGUCCGCGAGGCAGCCUCCGCCGCCUCCGCCGCCGCCACCGCCGCCGCCGCCGCCGGUGCCGCCCGAGCCACUCAUCGAGAACGAGUAGGAGAAAUGCAUUUGCUCGCGCGCGUCGUGAUUCGUGCCAGACCGCCGCUUGAUCUGGAUCAUACUCUUUUGCUGCUUGUGAAUUUUGUUGACCUGGUUCUUCACUUGAAGUUAACGUUUACCAAACCAAAGUUUGGUUUCUGGAAUCUGUUUUUUUUUCUCUUUUUUGAACGGAUGUGAUUUGAGGAUGAUGGUCUGAACUUGCGAAUUAUAGAUGCAUUUUGAAUUCAUAUUUCAUAUUGUUUUCCAGUGCUUUGCAGUAACCUUUUUUGUUUUGAACUCACUAGUCCAGAUAGUUCCAGCAAGGACCAGAUCAAACUAAGGGAUGACAACUGGUCCAGAUGGCCAAAAUCUCAGCCCACUUAUGUAUAUGCAGAUAUGCUUGCCCUUCAAUUUCUUUUACACUUGAAUUGACUACCUUUUGUUCUUUUGACUCUAUGUGGAACU